CUUAGAUACGUAUUAGAGACAACAGUGAGAUCGUACCAUUAAUACUCAACUAGCGCAAUCUACCGAUAAAAAGAAAAAUGUUCAACUUAGUUUCGCUACUUGUCACCGCGGCGCUAGUGUCGCUGCAAUGCUCCAGGCAAGCUAACGCACUCCUAGAAAGACCGAAGAUAAUUCAACAUAAUAAUUUAGAAUCUAAUGAAAUCCCAGCCCCUCGUCGAAGAGAGCUUCACAAGUAUGUGAAGAUAGAACAAGGACUUCCUGAAAGUAUCACUAAUCCAGAAUCACCCCUUGUACUGCAGUGUGUGAUUUGGGGGAAACCUGCUCCCGUCGUCACCUGGCUGAAGAAUGGACUUGCAAUUGCUGAUUUUGAAGAAGACUCUAACGAAAUAUUCAGUAGUCAUCCUUCAAGCGUGGCAGGACUUAUGAGCAAACUAGUGGUACCUGCACCAGCUAACGGCGAUGUGUACACGUGUGUGGGCACGGCCGGUUCUAAGCAGAAGACUAAUUCCACCACUAUUUACACAGAUGAAGAUUCCGAAGAAUUAGAGCUACCAACAGCACCACUCAUCACCGCGUACUACAACAGCAUUCUGCAGGUGACGGGCACCAGCGUUACACUGCCUUGCCGGCACUACAGCCCUACAAAAGCGCAGGUCUUCUGGUUGGACAGAGAUGAGGAACUCAUCUUUGAUCAUUCCAGAAUGAGGGUGCUGCCCUCUGGUGAUUUGCUCAUCAAGAACCUAUCUUUUGAAACAGAUAUGGGUCAAUACACGUGCACCGUCAAGAAUAGCUUUGGCACAGAUACGGCGUCCACGUUUCUAUAUGUUCUUCGGGGUUAGAUAAACGACAAAAAUAUGCAGCAAGUUACCCGCCGACAACGAUGUUCCUACUUAAAUUAUUGUUAGUUUAAUUAUUGUGAUCUAUGUACUUAAUUAUCUUAUUGUAACUUAAAUAAUGUUUUAAGAUUCGUUUUGUACAUUUAAUAGACUAGGGAAAUGUCAAUGUCAGUUGACAGUUACGUUGUUACAACAUUUUUAUUUAUUUCUUAAUAUAACAGAGUGCAAAUCGUAAAUAUCUAAGUUACAUUUGUUUUUGUACGUAAAACUAUUAAGCUUAUAUUGCAUUUAUUAAUUUAAGUUAUUUCUGUACAGCUAUUUUAUAUCGCCGAUAUCGUAUUUAUUCAAAAUAGAUGUUUAACC